UGUAUGCUGCUCCGGGGUUUGAAAGCACGGAGCGCUGUGAUGAGCCUGCACACUAUCUAAACUGCUUCCUCACUGUAACAACGGCUAACGUUACUCUCUGAAGCAAAAUCUGGAGACCACUCCGCUUCCCGCUGUGUGUAUACCAUGGCGUCUAAACCUCACCCUCCUCUGAUGAAGAAGCACAGCCAGACAGACCUGAUAAGCCGUCUAAAGAGCAGGAAGAUCCUUGGAGUCGGUGGCGAGGAUGAUGAUGGUGAAGUGCACCGCUCAAAGAUCAGUCAGAUGCUCGGAAAUGAGAUGAAGUUUGCAGUGCGAGAGCCUAUCGGGCUUAGGGUAUGGAUACUCAUCUCUGCAGUGGGUUUCACAGUUAUGGCCGUGAUGGCUCUUGUGUUUCCCAACCAGCUAUAUGAGGUUGUUUUUGAGGAGGAGCUCUUCACGACUAGCAUUUCCAUUCGCCUUUAUGGAGGAGCACUGCUUAGCCUGGCCCUCAUCAUGUGGAAUGGUCUCUACACAGCAGAAAAGAUCGUCAUCCAGUGGACUCUGCUCAGUGAAGCCUGCUACUUUGCUGUCCAGUUUCUUGUGACGUCCGUCACCUUAAUCGAGAUCGGCAUCCUGCCCAAUGCAGCCAUUCUCCUGCUCCUCAGUCGGGUGCUCUUCCUGCUGGUCACAAUGUCCUACUACUACCACCUGGGCCGUAAGCUGAAGAAGAUCUGAGCUGACUGGUUGAUACUUCCAGGGAGGGGUCAGCUGAGCACAGGUCACAAACAUGGGCUCAGAAGGUUUGGAAAAUGAUUUGAUUGGGACUUGGUUGGAGCAUUACUUUGCCAGUGGACACCCCCUGCCCCCUUCCCUGGGGUCUAGCCUAUUGUAACUCCCAGUAUUCAACAGAUGAGCCGAGUCCCACAUUCCAGACAACUAGAACAAAAAACCUCAUAGUGAAAGUAAAUUACUCUGUCUGGGUUGUGAGGUCAAGACCCUCUUGACACACAUUUUUUCUUUUGCAGUUCUGAGUGCUGUAAUUACAAAGAAGGAAAUAGCAGUUUGUAGUGAAUUGCGUUCUUUUGUCUCAUAGUUAUAUGAUUUAAUUUGUACAGUACAUCUGACUAUGUUCAUGUAUAGCCGGGUGAUUUCCAGAUUCAGUAUUUAGUGUUAUCUAAAGUUGCAUCUUGACACCGCAUCUUAAUCACGCUCAAGGACCGAAAGUUUGUGCUCUUUCCUGUUUGAUGCAGUCGGUGUUAACUCAUACUGUAUGUAAUCUAAUAUGUGCUCUGGCAUGCUUCUCUGACAGCUCAUUAUUAGACACUUUAAAUGGGAAAAGCAUCCUGCUUAGUGAAAAUGUAUGGACAGUCAGGUUAGCUAAAUGCUGGAUUAGUGACAGUGAACCUUUUCUUAUACUGCUGACAGCUUUCUUGGUCAGAACACUGAGGAAAUACCAAAAUCCGUCAGUUUUUACUCUCAAAGGUGCACAUCAACCAUAUUCAUAUUUAGAUUACCCAAAAAAGAAAUUCUAAAUCUAAACAUAUUUUCAGGGACAAAGUGAUUUGUUUUUUAAAAAAAAAAUUCUCGAGGCAUCAGUCAAGAAGCGCUUCCAAAAGUGAAUAAGAAUUGUUUUGUACACAAUAUUUCCACUACUGCGAUUAAAACCUGUAAUGUUGAGAAAUGUACAUGUGAACUGAUUUGUAGAAGAGAAGCAGUGUUGUUCUCCUUGUUUGUGUGCUGGUAGGCAGGACAUUCGCCUGAGUGAUCUUACAGAAAGCCUUUUAACAUUCUGACCUUUACUGUAACGCUAGUGUCCCAAGCCGAGCAUGUCAGUGUGCAGAGCAAACCAACCUGAGCUGGUUCCUCAUCAGUGAUGUAGCAAAGUUUUUUACAUAAACCUUGUCCUUAGCCUUAAAACUACUAAAAAUAAUAGUCGUCUGCAUCCUACAUCUUGUAUAUAUGUAAAUAAAGGUAUUUACUAUUAUGUGAUGUUCUUGAGAACCGAACAGGGAACUUGUUCAGUAUUAGUAAAACGUCUUUUGAAGAUUGAUCUUUCUCUUGGUGUGUCUUAUUUUGUACCUAAUUGUGUUAUCGAUGUCAUGGAUGCAAUAUAAUCCACCAAAAGAAAUAGGUCAAAAUGUGUAGCAAGCGCCCACCAACUAGAACUCAAUGCUGAUUAAUUAAGAUGUCAUGGAUGCAUUAGCUGAAUACAUCAAAUAAAGCCUAAAAAUGAGAAUUUGAUUUAUAAGGCAGUUAAAAUAAACUAUAUGUGCUUCAAAACAGUUAUAACUCAACACUUAACAGUUUUCACCCAAUCGAUAUGUAAAAUCCAUUUUCUACCUCCCACUACUUUGAAUGCCCCUCAGGGUACGCAACAUCCCAGCUCAGUGUUUCAGAGCAAUGCUAGCAAUGCUCAUUUGUCAACUCGGAUCUUUGCAACUUAAAAACACACUUUAAAAAUAGUUGACUCAUUUUGGAAAUGUAUUUCAAGUCGAACAAGAAACAUACUGUGGGCCUCCUCCAAAGGUGGUCCAUAUUGUUUCAAAUGACCAUGUUCAGUCCUGCCCUAGAAGGGAGUGGUCCUGAGGUCAGAGUAAUUGUGGUUUUGCAGUUGCGAGUCCAGCACUGAAGGCAGAUGUGCUUGUUACUUGGGUGAGUUUUCAGUUCAGAUAGGGAAAACAUGAAACAUGGGUGAGGUCUCUCUUACUCCUGAAAAGUUGUAAUUAUCCUUUUUCCAGUGUUUAAUUAGAUGUAGCUCUCCCGAGUGACAUUGUGUGCCCCAACCUACUCCUCUGUCCUGACUAGCAUGGUAAUUAUGGACUUCAAGAAAAAUGUCAUUCCAUUUCCGUCGAUGCUACAGGCCUCAAAUCAUCAUCCCUGUGAAAUGUUCAAAGGUCUUUAAAGAAGGUUAUUUUAGGAGAGAUGGACAGCUUUUUUUUUUUUGGGGGGGGGGGGGCUGGGACAGAGAGAAGGGAAGGGAGACAAAGAAAUUACACUUUUCAUCCUCCUGUCAUAAUCUAGUCCAAAUAUAACAUUGGUAAAUUUUGUCCUUGACAUUUUAAAGGAAUUGUAAGUUGAGCCUUUCAGUCCCUCUGAUUUAGAUCCAACAUAUAUUGUACUGUUGUGAAAACAAUACCAGAUCAAAUUGUUUCAAGUUGUAGCAUUGUGUUUUUAUGUAUAUAUGUGCUAUAUUGUACGUCAAAAAUGUUAAGUUUGAAAUAAAGCAUUCUACUGUUUAA